UUAAACAUCUUGUCGACUCUAUUACUGUCAAGUACUGUGACAAUGUCAGCCUAACAAAUUAGCAAUUUAAAAUCCGAAUCCCACCUCAAUUCACACUUGGCUUUUGUCUCGAUUCAAAAAGGUUUACCACGUGAGGAACUGCGCUGAAACUUCGUUAGGGGCAAGUGGGCAUGCCUUGGUUUUCUCAGUGAAGGAGUGUCCUCCCUUUCAACAGACGUCUUCUGUUGCUGUUUCGUGAUGGCCGCCGCAGGUGCGAACGCAGGUCGAGUGUUGAUGUUGAUCAUUAGUAUUGGCCUCAUGUGGACUGUGUCCGGUAGCUUCUUCUAUUGUGAGUCUAGCCUGGUCAUCCAAAGAUUGUUACUAUCCCAGUGUCUCUGGGAGCAGGGUCUGACCCAUAUCUCUUUCUCAUCAUCAAGUCUAAACGUCUUAUGCGCGGCAAGAGAAAAAUUUACUAAAGCUUUCAGAUGUCAAAUGCAAUUUUUGACCAGAUGUCACCCAGACAGAGCGCAGCAAGCUCCGUCAGCAGACUUGGAUGGUAUCCCAACAUUCCUUGAGGGACUCUGCUCCACGCCUGGCUUCAACCGGGAGUGUUACGACGGCAAGAAAAGGGCGCACAACUUAUGCAUACUUGACAAGAUGGACAAGUCGUUGUCAAAGACUCAAACCCCAGAGGACAUGUGUACAAUAAUGGACACGCUUUCGGCCGAGUGUGUGAAUCAAGUACUGAAGCCAUGCGGUGACAUCACGGUGGCCGCACUAAUUAAGCACCUGCCUUCAAUCAGACCGUCCAGAUGCAUGGCCGACGCUUAAAAUGAAACAGCG